AAACUCCGCUCCUGCCACACUCGGCGUCUUAAGAUGCACAUGUGUGGGGAGAGGGAACAGGCAGCCCUGCCCGUGAGCAGCCCUUAACCCCUUCUGCACGGAGAGAACCGGCGGGGCGCUGGGGAGGGGGACCCCCGGCCGCAACACCUCCCAGCCGGAGCUUGCCCCGGGCAGGGCGAGGCGAACCGGGGCUCCCCGGACCCCAGCCGAGGAAGCAGCAUGAGCGCCUGGAGCUGAGGCCGCCCGCAGCAGGAGGAGGUCGGCUAGAAGGCGGCGGUCCCCAGGCGGCUUUCCCCGGCGUCCCCUCGCCGCCCAUCAUGUCCUUUGCCAUGCUGCGCUCGGCCCCCAGCCGGUACCUGUACCCCGAGAUCAGCAUGUUGUCCGAGGACGAGGAGAACGGCAGCGAGAGCUCCGGCUCGGACGAGAAGCCCUACCACUUGGACGCCGACGGCUACGGCAUCAAGGCCAGCAAGCGCAGGAGCGGCAAGAAACCCAACCGGAUCAACAGGGAGCCCCGGCAGCGUCACACGGCCAACGCGCGGGAGCGUGACCGCACCAACAGCGUCAACACCGCCUUCACCGCCCUCCGCACGCUCAUCCCCACCGAGCCGGCCGACAGAAAGCUCUCCAAGAUCGAGACCUUGAGACUGGCCUCCAGCUACAUCUCCCACCUGGGGAACGUGCUGCUGGUGGGGGAGGCGUGCGGGGACGGGCAGCCCUGCCACACCACCCCUGCCUUCUACCACCACGGCGGCGGCAGCCCCCCCGCCCGCGACACCGAGAACUCCCAGCCCAAACAGAUCUGCACUUUCUGCCUCAGCAACCAGAGGAAGCUGGUAAGUGGCCGCUCACCGAGACAGGAAGACGGCGAUUCGGAGCUAGAUGAUCAUAGUUUUCAGGAAGGACAACAAGGAGGAGCAGAAGGAGGAAGGAUGGAAAAGCCACACACACAAAACCACAGCCACGGACACUCCUGCCUUCACCCUGCUGCUGGGGAGAGCUGCACGGCGUCACCCCGGAGGACCUUACCCUGACCCGGACACACGCCUCGGGAGAGGCCAGGCGUCCUCCCGGCUCGGAGGGGUGACCGCAGACGGGAGGCGAAGGCGGACGCGGGGGCGGCGGGACUUUGCAGGACCGCGCGCGGCGGCUCGGAGGAACGCUCGCCGCGCAGGGACGCUGCGCCACGGCGCAGGCGACGCAGCCGCUGCCCGGCGAGCCGAAGGGGCAGGGGACCUGCUCCGGGGGCUCCUUGGAAGGGGAGUCCCUGCCCCGGUCUCUGCGGAUGCCACGCACGGCGGCUGCCGGGGGAGAGCCGGCGCUCGGACGUGCCCCAUCCCAGGUCUGACUUGAGCAGCGCUGGUGAAACCGCUUACGGAAACACCCUGCUCUCCCCGUCCCCUUCCAGCUUUGAGCCACUCCAUCCCCUGAACUCUGAGUCCUGGGGUGCUGCAUUUGUUGAGUUUAAUCAAUACAUGCUGGUGUUUCAUGUCAUUGAUAUGAUAAUAUAAAGCCUGAGCAAUUUGUAUAAUUAAAAAUGAAUAUGGUUCAGACUCACGGCCGGAGCUUCCUUCCUCCCAGAGCCCCCGACACCCCUCGCGCAAUAAACCUCUGGUUUCGCCCUCACUCGCGCUGGCUUUAAACGCCGGCCGGUCAGCAAGCGACUGAGCCGCGGCUCGAGGUCUGCUCCCCCGGCGCUGGGCACAGCCCCCCUACCCUCGGGACUGAGCCCCAGCGCAGGGUCCGGGAGCGGGGGAACCCUUCCCGCAGGGUGGCCCGGGGCGAGCACCGACCCCCAUGUGCCACGCUCAAACCCAGCUGGAGGACCAGGUAAAAAGCAGGGACUCGGUGAAAACCAGAUGCUGCAGCUGAGCCGAGUUUCCUGGGGAAAUAAAUUACACACAUACGCCACGGCAUCUCAGCGCUUGCCGGCGCUCCUCCAGGCAGCGCUCGCCCCGAGAUUUCACAGGCCUCUGGCCGCAGGGCAAUGAAACGCUCCUUCUUAUGUCACCAAAACGGCGUCCCGAGGUUAUAAAAAGCGCGAGACGGAGUAAAGGUUGAGCCCCGGCCCCCUCGAGCAGCAGCCGGGGGGCUGCUCGGCUGUCAGCACGGCUGCCAGCCCCUCCUCGGUUCGGGAGCCCAACGGGGGUGAGCUCCGGUGCCGAACGGCCGCUGAAGUGUGGGGCCCCGGUGGGCCGGGGCUCUGAGCUCUGCCAGAGAUGCCAGCACGCCAGAAACGCUGGCUUCUUCCCACCCCGCCAGCGGUACCCAGACCUCCUCUGCGGGACGCGGGCUGCAAAAGGGACGCGGGUUGCUCCGGCACCAAGAGCGGGGGGCUCCCCGGGGGAUACCCGAGGGCGCUCGCCCAGCUGGGCAC